UAACCCGACGGUAGACGAACCUCGCGCGUUCGAACGCACGAAAAACAUUUUACAAUCCCUCUACAAUUAUGUAAUACGUAAUUUUUUUUACAAUAAAUUAUAUAAAAAAAUAAUGAAGUGAUGUUAAAAUUUUCACGAGUGUUAAAUAAAUAUGACAAUUUCCAAUAGCAAAGCACGCGCGAUGUUAAGGCAAUAUUGAUUUUCCGUGACGUGAAGGAACUGAAUGCGGAAUCCUGUGUUUUUAUUAUAUGUAGUGAAAUAUUUAAGUGUUCCUCUAGAGCACUGAAGUACUUAUAACAUACAUACAAUACAAAAAUUUAAAAUAAAAUCAUAUCAAAAGCGAUAAGCAAAUUAUGACCGUCCGUUUAUAUGGCACCUGACUGCGAAAUUUAUAGGAAGAAACAUGAGUCUAAAAGAACUUUCAAUAUGACACGAUGCACCGCCGCCAAGGAUCGCACUUUUGACAGUGAUAAGACGGUUCCGAGCCGGUCCUGUUACGGUCAGGCGUGAAAAUGGAGGGGAGUAACACGGCCGCGGAGGCCCACCAAUACGUCGGGCCCUUUAGAUUGGAGAAGACACUCGGGAAAGGGCAGACAGGACUGGUAAAGCUGGGCGUGCAAUGUGUGACGGGAAAGAAAGUCGCCAUCAAGAUCAUCAAUCGGGAGAAGCUCAGCGAAUCGGUGCUAAUGAAGGUGGAGCGGGAAAUAGCCAUAAUGAAACUAAUAGAACAUCCACACGUGCUUGGCUUGUCCGAUGUAUACGAAAACAAAAAAUAUCUGUACCUAGUGCUGGAGCAUGUAAGCGGAGGCGAACUGUUCGACUACCUAGUGAAGAAGGGCCGCCUCACGCCGAAGGAGGCGAGGCGAUUCUUCCGGCAGAUCAUCUCCGCGCUCGACUUCUGCCACAGUCAUUCCAUAUGCCAUCGCGAUCUGAAACCCGAGAAUCUCCUGCUGGACGAGCGCAACAACAUCAAGAUAGCAGACUUCGGCAUGGCGUCGCUACAACCGGCCGGCUCACUGCUGGAGACGUCGUGUGGCAGCCCACACUACGCCUGUCCUGAAGUUAUACGGGGUGAAAAAUACGAUGGACGGCGUGCCGAUGUGUGGUCUUGUGGCGUUAUCCUCUACGCGCUACUUGUUGGAGCUCUUCCUUUCGACGACGAUAACUUGAGGCAACUAUUGGAAAAGGUUAAGAGAGGAGUGUUCCAUGUGCCUCACUUUGUACCGCCCGACUGCCAGCAACUGUUGAGAGGCAUGAUUGAAGUGAACCCCGAGAAGAGAAUGACUCUAGCAGAAAUCACCCGUCACCCGUGGGUGACAGCAGGUGGUCGAGGGGAGCUGGAGCAGGAGCUGCCCAUGAUGGAGGUGGUGCAGACCAGGGUGCUGCCUUCAGCUGAGGCCAUUGACCCUGACGUGUUGCAAGCUAUAUGCAGUCUGGGCUGCUUCAAACAAAGGGACAAGCUAAUACAGGAUCUGUUGAGUCCACACCACAACACAGAGAAGGUGAUAUACUUCUUGCUUCUGGAGCGUAAGCGGCGGCGGCCCGCGCGCGACGACGAGCCGCGCCCCCCUGCGCCCGCGCCGCCUUCCGACCCGCCGCGGAAACGACUCGACACCUGCAGGGUAAACGGUCAGUCGACGCAUUUUGGACAAAUAAGCGAGGGCUCGCCCAUAACGCCGAGACGGUCUCAGUUUAGGUCCGCGUCGGGUCGCCGCAGCGAAGGCCGCAGUUCGCCGCAACUCUCUGCCAGUCCACCGGGUCAUACGCCACACCGUGUGUCAUCUCUAGGCGGUACCCCGGCCACACCUGGAUCUCCUUUAGCGUCGCCGUCUGUGCGAGAACAUCACCACCAAAGGGCGAACUCCACUGGACCAACUAUUAGUUUAAAUAUUAGUGGAGAGCCCGGCGAGGCGGUGAUUAUCAUAAACGAGUCGCCCCUCAUGGGGUCGUCUGUAGCCGUGCGCCCGCACAGCCCCUCGCAGACGCACAGGGUGAGAGAAAGAUCAUCACUGCCCGGUCCGCCGGGAUCAGCGCCGACGCCUGCGCAGACUUCCCUGUUCCCCAACAUUGGCACUAUAGCAGUUCCAGCCGGCAGUUCGGGCACAGGUCCGGCGGCUCCGUGGCGCGCGCGGCUCGCGACCAUCAAGAACUCCUUCCUCGGCUCGCCGCGCUUCCACCGCAGGAAAAUGCAGACGUCGUCAGAAGAGGUCCAUCUCACGCCGGAGUCCUCCCCGGAGCUGACGAAGAGGUCCUGGUUCGGUUCCCUGCUGCUCUCCGCUGACAAGGAGGAAACCUUCACCGCGCUAGUCAAGGGGAAACCCUUGGCCACCGUCAAAGCUGACUUGAUACAUGCAUUUCUUAGUAUAGCAGAGCUCUCCCACAGCGUGCUCAGUCCGAUGUCGUUCCGCGUGGAGUACAAGCGCGGCUCCAACGCGCCCGCCAUGUUCCAGCGGCACGUGCGCUUCCAGGUAGACAUCUCCACAAUAACGAAAGCGCCGGGCGAGAACGGGAAGGAGUACCUAUACGCUAUCACAUUCACACUAUUAUCUGGCAACAUCCGUCGGUUCCGGCGCGUGUGCGAAGUGGUGCAGGCCGCCGUGUGCCGCGCGCCGGGCGCGUCGCGCGCGCCGCCGCACCACCCGCCCUCGCCGCGCGCACAGCGCCGCGCGCUGGCCCCUCACGCGGCGGAGAUACUCGACAGCCCGGAGACGCCGCAGCAGCAGUCGGACCACGACAGCGACUCGUCCGUCUUCGACACCAUCAAGAGCCCCACCAGCCACACCUCCAUCGACCAGUUGGACCAGAACGGGACGCAUCCUUUAGGAUCGAGUUCGUCUGUGACCAGCGGCUCCAGUGGAUAUAAACAAGGCGUGCGCGGGCGCCGCGCCGCCGAGCCUGCCUCCGCCUCCCUCGACCACGAGAUCAUGAGCUGCGGCCGCGACCUGCCGGGUACGCACACAAAACGGUCGUCGUCGGAAUGUCGGGACGCGACGUCGUCGCCGCGGCGCGGGCUCGAGUCCCGCGACAGCUCGAUAAAGGACGAGCUGCGCAGAAACAACUCGCUGCGGGACAACCGGCGGGACUUUCGGGACGUGCGGGACGCGCGGGACCCGCCCACCACGUCCAUCGCGUGAGAUGCGCGCCCCGCCGCUGUUUGUGUUGAAGGUUGCCAAAGGUGCUGUAUUGGUUAUAUCUUACGCUGUUUUUGUAUGUCUUGAUGACUUGAUUGAUUCAUUUACUGUUACUGUUGCUUCAUUGGCGUAGGCCGCAAAUUGUAGACUUUUGAAUCGGUUGAUAAUUUGAUAAUUGUAAUAUAAUUUAAAUGAAUUAAGAUCCAGAAAUACCUAAUUUUGUAACGGUUGGUGAAAGUUUGAACUGAAGUAACUUUAGAAGGUAGCCAGUUUCAAGGUUCUAGAUCUUCAAUAGGCACAAUAUGAGUCAACUAUCCUAUUGUUCAAGUAUUAAAUGUUAUAUUUCGAUAUUUUCUAAGUCCACUAUUGCCAUUUUAUGGUUGGAGUAUAGGCUGACAAAUUUUUUAGCCUGCAUAAAAAAAAUAUAUUUUAGAAAUCUCCUCCUUUUUUUGAAGUCGGUUAAAGACGAGGUAUAUUUGGCUAUCGUACUCUCAGAAGUACAGUAGCAAUAUUCUGUAACGAUGUUUUUAAAACGCGUGUGUUUUGAAUUCGUCUCUAUAUCUCUCUAUCUGUAGUAUCGUGUUUGAUAGAGAAAGGUAGAUACGAAUUCGAAAAGUCACUGUUGAAUUAUUAUAGUUACAGAAUAGCGUUAUUGAAUAUUAUUAUUUUCUUAACAACUUGUAUUAGGAUAUAUAUUUUAAAGUAUGAAUUAUCGACCGAUGAAAAGUUUGUAGUUUGCUGAAUGCAGCAUUUUACGAAGGUAUGGUACGUUGUUUUAAUAAUUCGAAUAAUAAUGACGAUUUUCCUAUUAAUCGUCAAGUUACGGUUUAUUUUUUAUUAUUGCAAGUAAUAGAUAAUAUUCAGGUUACUCAUGCUAAGAAUACAGGGCUUUAGAGUAAUGGCUGGUUUACACUGUUCCAGUGGGAUUGCAGUGAUCUAAUAUAGCUCUGGGUAUAGGCAUGAAAAAAAAUCCAGCUCUGGAAAAAUGAAAGGUUACAGUAAUAAUUAUUAUAUAAGUUGUGAUUGUUUUUAAAUAAAUGAAUAUUAAAAAAAACAUAGCAAAAAAGUAAAAAUUCUCUAAAAAGAAUAUUUGCCAUAUCUUUUAAAUAUGACCAAUAUUCCUGUUCCCUGGAAUUAAUCGGAAAAGAAUGUGUAGGAGUAGAACAAUAAUGCAGUGGGCUGGGAUCCAACAUGGCCUAUAAAUUUAACAUAAUUUUUUUACAACAUGGCCUUUUCAACCAUUACCUUAUUAUUUAAUAAGGAGAUUUCUGUAGUGCACAUGUGUGAGCGGAAUCACAGGCUCUCUACUGCUCCACUCAAAACAACUAGCAUAAUUUUAUAAUCACUUCAUCAGUUUAGUCACAGGAAACAUGUAAACCGGCCCUAAUAGAAUUAAAUCCGUAGCUAAUCCGUAUUAAUAAAACCAGCAUGUUAAACGAAAUUGUAGAAAAAAUGGUUUUCCUAUUAAAUAUUAAAUAGAUAUUCCAUAAAGCCCUGUAGUAGAGAAAAUUGUCAAUUCUUAAAAAAAAUUAAAUAGAAACCAAAUUAUCUAUAUUUUAUUUUGUACAAAAAUAAUAUGAUAAUCGUGUUUACCUCAAUUCUUUCCUAAAACAACUGCCACGUUUCGUCCUAUCCUAAUAGAAAAUAUAUGCACUUCAUACUAAAACUAUAUUUUUGAAAUAAAUCUAAAAACCUAUAAUGAUAAAUCGUGUUGUAUACAAUUUCUAAACUUAAAUAAAAUGUCAAGUUUAAAGGAUCAUGCUAUCUCAUUCUACACAGAGCAGUGUGAAAGGGAUGCAGACCUCCAGUGUUGUCAUUUUAAAAAAAAAUUGUUUAGUAAUAGUGUACAACUGAGUUUGCAUUGGUAUCUCGGAUAUUUACGAACGCUUAACCGAUUAAAAAUUGGCGCAUUUAUAAAGUUGUUUCAAUAUUAAGAAUUCAACAAUAUUAAAAAUCUGUAUGGAUAUUAAUCUCUCCGUAUUUUUUUAUUUAUACCAUUUUUGGAAAUAAAAAAAAAACUAUGAAGGAGUACAUACUCAGACCAAUUAUAGAAGGACCUGUAUCGCACUCAUAGUCACGAACAAAAUACUCUGUCAUUUUCUGAGGAAAACGAGCUUAGAUUUGGUAUAUAUCUUAUACUAAACUAGAAGUUUUUGCACGUUUUUUACACCAUUCAAUUACACAGAAAGUUAUUUUUACGGAGCUCUUUAACCGACGAACACGGAUUACGACUAUUUAACAUCGAUACUAUACUGUUUUUAUAAUCGCAUUAGAUCGUUGAUCAUAUACUUUGACAGAAAAGUAAUGUCAAGCGAGGCAGGUCCUAUACAAUAAUUGGUCUGAGAGUACAUAGGACUUAAUCAUUUGCAUCUAUCAUAAUAAGCAGACAUUUAACAUGCAAUUGUAGAUUUUCGAAUAAUAUUUUAAUUGAACUAAGUAACACAUUCCCUACUUUUUAAAAUUUAUUAUUUAUAAAGCUUUUUAAAUCGGCCAAUUUUUCAUCGAUUUCGUAAUUUUGGAUAUAAAGUAAUGUUAUUUUGCGGAAGUCUUUGAUUCAGAAGGAACACCAAGCAUAAUUUGCUAAAACCUGCAAAACGCAAAUACCAAAUUCUGAAAAGAAUCUGUGUAAUUGUUGAGUAUAAAUAUUUUGAAUAGCAAAGUUUCAUUAUGUUAUUAUUUGUAAUUCACAAUAAACAUUCCACAAUUGAGGCUUUUGCCACUAUGUAUAUGAUUUUAACUUUUUUAAAAUUUCAAGUACUCAGAUUUACUAAAACAUUGCGUUUACUGCGUUUAAGUGUGCGUCACCCAUAAAAAUUUCGAGUGUCCAUCCAAUUUUACAAACAAGUUGAAGUUAGAGUGUGAAGAAACAAAUUUUUACUAUGGAAAAUUCCAGAUGAUACCGAAUGUUAGACGUAAUACAGUUGAAUACAGCCUGUAACAAGAACUGCGUAUUACUUAAAAUUCUGGAAGAAUCUGGAAGAAUUCUGGAAGAAUGAAUGGAUGGAUCCUCCGUUAAAAGUCAAGAAAGUGUGAUGAGAUGUGGUUGACAAUUAGGUAUAACUUUUACGAGGACACAUAUUACUAAAACUAGUUAAAAUACAAUGUGACUGAAAAAAUCGAGUUACUCCACGCGAGUGGUUUCUAAAUUAAACGAAUUUGUUAAAAAACGCAAGGCGUUUCCCACCAAUUUAACGUAAAAAGAUGGAAAAAAGGGUUUUCCAAACAAAAAUGACGUAGUUUAUGAAUUCAAUAGAUUGGUCAUGUAAAGUGGUUUAAUUUAUAUUCGUGACAAACGCACUUAUGCCUUCGCUUAUAACAGAAUUAACAACAGACUUAAAGAUAAUUUUACGUUUGAUAUUUAACCCGGUAUUUGCGUUUUGCGGUUCAUCGCAAAUUAAAUUUGGCGUUGCUUGAUAUAGAAGAUUGUUGGCGUGAACCUUUAACACAAAAACAGCGCGAAUAGCAAAAUGUUUUUUAUAUAAUAAUAAUGAUAAUAUAAUAAAAUAGCUGUAUUUAGUAAGCUUGUAUGUGUUUGGAGAAACAACGUUGAAACCGGCCAUCUACUUUAAAAAAAUGUUAUUGCUGUAACCCGUGUACUGCGGGGCGAGACUGUGAUACACUUGGACAGAUUGACUAUGAGCCCUGGGUUCGAUUCCCGGUUUGGGUAAUUUAAAAAUUUAUAACUAGGUUAUUCUUACGCUUCAACAGUUGCCAAAAAACCGUCGCCUUAUAUAUAAUAAAAAUACCCGCAUAGAAAAUUCUACAUUCCAGUACUAUUGAAAUCUUCGGUUAAGUACCUACUAUUGAAUUCCUCGGUUAAGGAGUCAGAUUCAGAUUUGAGAGGUCCUGGAUUCGACCCCCUGUGCGAUGAUUUAUUGUCGUAAAUACUCCUAAUGCAGGUUUUCGCUUAAACCAGGUACAAAAUUUAUAACACAAUGAUGGACAUGACGUUUUAGACUACUACUUUCAAACCUCAUUUUUGUCAUUGUUGACAAUUGCCAUUACAAGCGGGUAGUUUGAGAAAAAACCCUUACCAAAGUUUGUUGUCAUUCAAAUGCCAAUGGCAGUUUGACAAUCGAGCGCAAGAUAAAUCUGCGCGCGACUGGCGACGCAAUUAUGACGCCAGCUUUAGUGAUCUCUUUUACCCGCCAAGAGAUAGAUAGAGAUAGACGACAAGAUGGCGGCACUUUUAAUUAGUUCCGAUUUUGGCCACCGACCAUUUUUUUCCGACUUUUCGUGCGCGCACUCUAAGCACCUUGAGCGCGCGCGCUUAUGUAGAAGGAAACAUUUUCUAUAAAAAAAAUCCUACACACACACAGGAUUAAUAAUGUUUGAAAGUCUUACGUAUACUAAUAGAGCAGGGAUCGAACCCACCGAUCGACCACUCCGAGUUGAUUCCGGUUCCUUUACCGUGCAGCUAGUCGAGUGGUUAGGGUUUUUAAGAUUUAAAAACGCAGCUAAUAUUUUUUAGUUUAUUUAGACAGCCAUCCAACCUUGGCCAAAUGACAUUACAAUAGGACAUUCUCAUUCAUUACUAGGUUAUACAACAUAUCGCAGGGUAUAUUAUUCUUAAAUAAUUGGCUUAUCUAUAUUACUAAAAUAUUGUAGUAAUAAAGAUAUUUUAUUUCUUCUUCUUUCUUUCUUACAUUGCUGACAAGCGCCUUGACAGUUUAGUACGAAAUGGGUGUCAACUGUCAAUAAUCUUACAGUCUCGCCCCGCCAAUUUGUGCUAUUUUAGUUAGGGGCCUCGAAAUGCGGUAUUUUUGCAAAUUUGUCAAUGGAAUAUAUAAGAUUUACCCCUUACUGCCGUUAAGUUAGCUUAAGGCGAAUGUUCGCAGAGGUUGCUGCAUACAAAUUAAUUGCAUAUGCUAAAAAUACUGUUUAUAUUACAUUACGAGUAUUAUAUAUCACAUAGUCUGCAAUUACACUAUUAUUACUAUUAUAAAUAUCAGAAAGACCUAUAAUUUUAUUAAUAAUAUAAUUAAUAUUUACUUAACUUUGGGCGUAGUCAUUAAAAAGUAACAAAUAAACUGCUUCGACCAUUAGAAGUUUAUAUGUUCUAAUUUGGUUACAAUCUGGAAUGAUGGUAGUUUUGACCCUUUUUUUAUUAGUUAAUUAGUAUCAUAGUGAUAUAAACGCACCGUUAAAGAGUAGUGAACCGUCACCAAUUUAAAACUAAUCAAGAGUUGAAUAAAUUAUGUCCCUAAUAGGUUCGUACGCUACUUUUUAGACUUUGUCGUUACCUGACAUCAGGUGGAGACAAUUUGUCAAUCAGUAAAUUAUUAUUUCUUGAAAACUAAUAAAUAAACAUACAAAACUAUGAAUAAUGACACCUUAGUAUAACUAAAACUAUUUACUUAAAAGUUGGACAGUGUUCAAGUAAAUAAUUUCAUAAAGUAAACUGUAAUAAAUGUAAAUAAAUAAAUAUAUUAUAUUUUUGCUGAUGCCUUGAAUAAUUAUUAAUAAAUUUGUAUGUAUCAACAACUGCGAGCAUUCGCCUUAAAUAUAGGUUAUAGGUAUAAAUAGUUUGCACUUAUAUAGAGAUGUCCAAAUUAUACAGACACUAAUAAAAACUAAAAUUUUAAUCUACGUUUUGAAGAAAAAAAAAACCGCCAAUAUAUUACGAGGAUUUUAGUUGCGCUCAAAAUAAUGGUUUAUUGUUCGUAUACUAUUAGUAACUAGAUCAAAUGGGCCUACACUUUACGUAUUUUUAAAAUAACUCUACCAACGAUUCACAAUUUUUAUUAUAUUGUCAAUAGAGAUUCUCAAAAGUAUAAUUAUUAAUUUCGAUUAGAAAAGUUAUAUCACGAAUCGCAACCAAAAAUCCCGUAAUAUUUUAAGCGAAAUCAAUUAUACAUGAAAUUUAUCAGUAAAAUAGAAACACUUAGUCAAUCAGACUAUACUUGGCUGUUGUAAAUUGUAGCAAAAUACAUUAUAUAUAUUCACGUAUUUUGUAUAUACAUAUAUACUUGUAUUAUAUUUGCGAAUGAAGAAUUUCAGGUGGAUUACCUGUCUCGUUUAAUACAUAGUAAAUGGGUUCACACAUAACAACGAGGAUUGUAAUACUUAGCAUGGAUUUCUUUAUACACUAAUACUUAUCCCUAUACUCUCAUUAGUCCUAAGGCAAAGAUGUUAAACUAUAAAUAUGUUAUUAGCGCAUCGAUAUAGUAGAAAAUCUUUGCCCUAAGGCGCUCAAGAAUCACUAGCAGAAUUACUUACUCGAAAUCCUGUGGCCAAUUCAUGAUCCGAUAUAAAGUAAACGAUAUUUUAGAAAUUUCAAGAAGUCCUGUCUAAUUUAAAGAUUAGACUAGCAAUAAAUAAAUAAAUAAAUAAUAAUUAGUCUGAUUAAUUUCUAUGUAGAUUAAAUUUACAUUAAUUAUUUGGUUUCAUUAAUUAUAAGUAAUCAUUAUUGAAAUAUGUUUUUAUUCAUUUAUUAUUCUCGGUUUUAUUCUUAAUUUUAUUCCUUAUACCCUCAAAGUCAUUGCUAGGUAACUACGUAAUUCCUAAUGUUGAUAAAUAUCCUCAAAUUAAAUUUGUUAAAAGUACAUUAAAUCGGAUUGUAGACUAUAUUCAAAACUAGUCAGUCACUGCAUAAGAAAUUGGUCACAGUGUAGCGUUGGCAAAGGACAUAACUGUAUGACGUCAGAAUAGCUUACACUCUUCCAUAUGAAAUUCCAUAAAAUAUAUAAAAUUCCAUACAAUAUAAGAAAAAAUGUGUGAAUCCAGAAUGAACCCUCAAAUCUAGUAGCCAUGCAGCAAAACUACACUUGGACUUGAAAAAAUAAAACCAGUCACACAUUCUUAGACUAAUCACUAAAAUACACGAAAAAGUUAUAAAAUAUUGAAGUGUAAAAAACGGAAAAUUAUAAGGUGAAUUUUCACAGAUUUUCACUUUUAACUUUGUUUUAACAUAAUUGUACAAUUAUUAUACAUAUAACAUAAUAGAUGCUUCGUUUUAGCAGCAGAAUAAUAACAUUUAAGCAAAAUAUAUAAAUAGAUAAUAACUUUGCGUAUAUAUAUAAAUAACUUUGCGUAAAUAUAUAAAUAGAUAAUAACCUUAUUUGGCAUAAUAUGUAUAUUUUUUUUUACCAUGUCACAUAGUUUAUUUUAUAUCUAAACCAUGACGUUUGGUUUAGUUAUUUUAUAUGUAACAUUAACAAUUAUUUCGUUUCUUAUUCAAUCUACUUAUCAUACUCGUAGGUUCUACUAUGACUAUAUGUACAUUGAUUAAAUGCUAAUUAUAAAUUAUUUGUUUGUUUAUUACCUUUUUGAAAUUUCGUAUCUACUGUGAGAAUUCGCCUUAAAGAUAUAUGAUAAUAUAAUUGAUCGAAUUAUGAGCCCCUUCAGAGUAACGCAAGCCUAGACACUGCUAGCUACGCGCCUAGCUUACGGCCUUAUUUAGAAACAUGGAAAAUUUAAUCCUCAAUUUCAAAGUAAAGUGAAUUUUAAACAGUCGUAAUUAAGUCCACAUUUCUUUGAAGAAAGUUGAGGUUGAAAUCUUAUUCCAUGUUUAUUAAUAACGCCGUCAGUGAUUAUCUUUUAUGUAGCGUUAGUGUUGUCCACGCUUUCGUGUGAAGAGGCUGUAAAUGUUGUUAUUAGCGUUGACACGGCAAAGUAAUGUAACUUGCAAACUUAUAUAACGUAUGCAACCAAAAGUAAAACCGUGUAAGUCAAAAAUAUCAUUUUUCAGUUUUUUUUUUUCGUUUCAUGUAUUUUUAUAAAACAUAAAUACUUACUAGUAAUAAAUAUACUAAUUAAAGAGUCCCGGCUUCGCCUGUUAUAUUACUGCUGUACGCAAGAGUUCCAUGUAAAUAUACAUAGAGAAUUGUAUGUACUAGUCUAGUGUGAAUGAUUGAACGCACAUUAUUACGUUUAGAUUUAUGGUUGUUUAAGAUUCGCGUUAAUUAUGAUAUUAUAGUGUCGUUUAUUUUUUUAAUGCGUGGGUGAGUUUUUGUACUAUGUCUGCGAUAUUGCAACUUUAUAAUGUAUUUUUCAUAUAAGUAUUUUUAGUUCAGACAAUCACCUUAUAAGGCUUAUUAUAUUACAACUAAUAAACACAAGCUUCUAGGGAAAAGGUACCUAUCGUGUACUCACGACGCCAAAGCUAAUGUUACGUUUAAUUUUGCAGUUUUAUCGCAGGCAUAGCCCAAUACUUGAUUAUUAAAGGACAUGUUCAUUAGAUAGAUCAUUUUUGUAUAUUUGGUCGGUUAGUUAUAUAUAUAAUGGUAGCAUUUUUUACAUUACUUUAUAUUUAUAAUUGGUUAUAGGACAUUUUUACUGCAUUAGUGCACAAAAAAUAAAAUUGUAUGAAACAGUCUCAGCUAAGUCAUAUUAUUAAAAAGAAAAACACGUUUUAUUUCAUCUUUUUUGAUGUGCUUUAUCAUCUGGGUAUUUGAUUUUAACCAUGAAUGACACUAAUGCGGUAAAAAACAAAGUUAUUUUCUAUAUUGUCUAUUAUCAAAUUGCAAAACCAUUCAAUCACCACCAUCAAAAAAUUGUAGACCUGAUUCAUCACAUAUCACAGAUGAUUUCAUAUUGCUGUAACUUAAAUAUAUUAUAUAAAAAUCAUAUAAAUCAUAUGCUUGAGAGAAAAUGUUACGUAAUUAUUAAAAAAAUGUUAAUAAAUGUAAAAGUGAAUGGUUGAAUGACUGAAUGUUUUCGUUUUGGUUUAUUUUUGAGUUAUCAGUUUUAUUGUUAACAUUAAAUAUUGAAACGGUAAUAUUAUUGGGGUUUAUUAAUAAAAUAUUAAUGUACUAUUAAUUAUAUUAAACAUGGUUUGCCAUAGACAUAAUAGAGCUUGACAGUGUAAUCAAUAAAUAUUUGGAUCUAUUUAAAUAAUAUUUUUAUGAAAAAUUAAUAUAUCUACAUAUAAUAAAGGAUUUUUUUGCAAAUAGUACAGUUUGAAUCAACUCUUUCUUUUUUGUAAACUAAACUUUGUAAACUAAAAAAUGUAAAAAAAAAUUAUUUGAAACAACAGAUUGUUUUAGAAAACUGCCAAAUUUUUCAAAAUCCGCGUAUUUCUUUAUUUAUAAAAUAUUCAAAAUAAAACACUUGUUUAUAUUAAAUUAAGAUAUUAAGUUAUGAAAAACGUCAAUACUCUAUAAUGUCUAUGGCGUUCAACAUAACAUACCAAGUCUUUGAGCCCGUACUUAAUUAACGCUAUGUUAUAAUUUGUAAAGAAUGCCUUCAAGAGUUAUAAAGGAACUAAUCAUAUAUUUUAAAAAUCGUAAAGAGAACUGUAAUUUUGUACUCGGUAAUUGUUAAGGUAAAUGUGUUUUCCCUCUUGUCUAUGGCCGGUGUUUUUUUUUUAUGUGUCUCAACUUAAUUUUGUGUUUCUUUUUGUUUAUCAGGUGGGUGGUAGAAAAUGUUAGCUCACAUCUGGGCACCAGGGAUAGUCAACAUUUUAUUUUAAUUUUGUCAAAGAUAGCUUUCUGUCUUGAAAUACUUUGAUUUUUUUUAUUAGUUUUUUAAAACAAUCAAAAUUAAAAAAUAUAUUUCAUUUAAAUCAGAUAAUAGAUAAGUGUACAAUCAUAUCCCUAAACAAUAUUGCCUUAUAUGAAGUGACUUCGUAUUAUAUUCAUUUAUGUCACAUGAAAAAAUUACCAUCAGUAUUUCAUUAUUAAUGUUUGUUACAUAUGAAUUACAUGUAAAUGUGUGAGUAUUUUCUGUCACUUACAUUGUUAACUAAUUACUCUUUUAUAAAUGCAAUUUUAUUCGAUUAUAAUUUUCUGUUUUACCAUUUAUUCCACAGGAACCGUCCAAUUUUCCAAGUUAUAAUGAAAUAUGUUUCAUGAUCUUACAAACUAUUUCUAUAAAAACAAUGUUAUUAAUGCAAUUUUGCAUUAAUUAACCGUCGUAUCUCACAUUAGAUGAUAAUUGGGAGAUGAAAUAUUAGUUAAAAUGUUGACUAUCCCUAGGACCUGGAGGGAGUCAGGGGUAGUCAAUAUUUUAUAUAAAUAUUCAUCAUCAAAUAAAGCCUCGUUCUUGAUAGAUAUCUUUUUGUUUCAGUAUUUUUUUUGUAACAUCUUCAAAAAUCAAAAAGCACCGGCCAUCUUUCAUUAAAAAUACAUUAUAUUUUGACGUGAUCGUGAAAUUAAUUAAUUUGUAAUAUAUUAUUACUUAUAUCGCUACUUGUCGGUGCGCGGGCAAUUUUCUAUCAUUAUACCUAUUUAUGUAUGUCCGUAUGUAUGUAACAUCGUUGCUCGUGAACUGUAAGGUUGUACAUUUUAUCUAAGAAAUAUGCUCCGCUAUCUAUACUGUAACUGCUUAAGAGAUCAUUGGUUAAUAUUGAAAAAAUAAUAAAUUGAAAAACCUA